ACACGCCUCCUCCCCGCCCCCACCAUCUGCAGGAGAUCCAAGUUCUCCACUCCCACAUCUUGGACACCUCGGUCAUCGUCAAGAUGGACAACAGCCGGGACCUGAACAUGGACAGCAUUGUGGCCGAGAUCAAGGCGAACUAUGACGACAUUGUCGGCCGCAGCCGGGCCGAGGCUGAGAGCUGGUACAGCAGCAAGUGUGAGGAGAUCAAGGCCACGGUGAUCUGGCAUGGGGAGACCCUGCGCCGCACCAAGGAGGAGAUCAACGAGCUGAACCGCAUGAUCCAGAGGUUGACGGCCGAGGUCGAGAAUGCCAAGUGCCAGAACUCCAAACUGGAGGCUGCAGUGACCCAGGCGGAGCAGCAGGGCGAGGCCGCCCUUAAUGAUGCCCGCUGCAAACUGGCCGGGCUGGAGGAGGCCCUGCAGAAGGCCAAGCGGGACAUGGCCUGCCUGCUCAAGGAGUACCAGGAGGUGAUGAACUCCAAGCUGGGCCUGGACAUCGAGAUCGCCACCUACAGGCGCCUGCUGGAGGGCGAGGAGCACAGGCUGUGCGAGGGCGUCGGGGCUGUGAAUGUCUGCGUCAGCAGCUGCCGCGGUGGCGUCGUCUGUGGCGAUCUCUGCGCUUCCGGCGCUGCCCCUGCUGUCACCACCAGCGUCUGCAGCGCCCCCUGCAGCGGCAACGUGGUGGUGGGCACCGCCGACGUCUGCAGCCCCUGCUCCGGGCUGGGCUGCAGCAUCGUGGGCUCUAAGACGUGCUAGGGUCGCCCUCCACCCAGCCAGGAUCUCUCGCAACCGGAACGCCCCUUCCGUUGCCCCACGCACCGCCGGCUGCUGGCCUCCCGAGAACAACCUCCAGAUGUGCACCUUUUGCCCAUGCAGCUCCCUACCUGCUCCCUCAGUGUGCCAUCCCCCGGCAACUGAGCCCCAGUGAGGCUGGGGCGCACCUUGGCUUCUUUCUGUAGCCUUUCCUAGUAGUCGUGUUGUUGUUCUGAGGAUUCAUCCUUUCUUCCGCCUUCUGUUUUUUGCCGGAUUCAUUGGUUUUGCCUGAUCCCUUCACCUAAGCUUGGAGGAACAGGACAGGCCCCAGAACCUCCCCAUCUGCGCGUCCUGGGGAAUCUGCCAGUGUGCUUGUACCUAUGGAAUGGAGAUAAAGAACACUGAUGGUGGUUUUCCUGUAAUUCUGUGAGGGAUGUGACCCAUUGGAGGGGAGACCAUCACCUUCCAGGGAUGCCUGCAGAGGCUUCUAUAAAAGCCAGUGAGUCAACUGCCUGCAAGUUUGUUUGCCUUUAUUUCACUCUUUGUUUCCAAUAAAAGAAUUGUAGCUAAUC